AUUCCAAAAGGGACAACGUCUCCCAGUGUAAACAGCAGCACCUUGAGCAGCAGUACUUCCCCACCUGCCCCCGAGCAGCUCCGCUAUGAGAACAUGAGUGGAUCCUGUGUUAAAUCUCCCUACUUGCCUGGACCCAGGAUGGUCCUGUACACCGUGUUUGGCUGUGGGGCUGUGCUGGCAGUGUUUGGAAACCUCCCGGUGAUGAUUUCAGUCCUGUAUUUCAAGCAACUGCACUCUUCAACCAAUUUUCUCAUUACCUCCCUGGAGUGCGCUGACUUUUUGGUUGGAGUUACCGUGAUGCCCUUCAGUAUGAUCAGGUCAGUGGUGAGCUGCUGGUACUUUGAGGAUACUUUUUGUACUUUCUACAUGUGCUGUGAUGUGGCAUUCUGCUACUCUUCUCUUUUCCACUUGUGCUUCAUAUCCAUGGACAGGUACAUUGCUGUUACUGACCCUCUGGUCUAUCCUACCAAGUUUACGGUGUCUGUGUCAGGAAUAUGCAUUGGCCUCUCCUGGAUCCUGCCAAUUGUCUACAGCGGAGCCGUAUUCUACACAGGUGUGAAUGAUGAUGGGUUGGAGGAACUUGUAAGUGCCUUCAGCUGCAUAGGUGGCUGUCAAAUCGCUGUAAAUCAAGGCUGGGUUUUGGUAGAUUUUCUGUUAUUCUUCAUACCUACUCUUGUUAUGAUAAUUCUUUACAGUAAGAUUUUUCUUGUGGCUAGAAAACAGGCUAAAAAGAUUGAAAAUUGUAAUAGCAAAGCAGAGUCUUCAUCUGGAACUUACAAAGCCAGAGUGGCCAAGAGAGAGAGAAAAGCAGCUAAAACUCCGGGGGUCACAUUGGUAGUGUUUUUGAUUUCAUGGUUACCUUAUAUGAUUGACUCAGUUUUUUAUUCUUUUUUGGGCUCUAUGACCCCUUCCUAUGUCUAUGAAAUAUUUUGCUGGUUCACUUAUUAUAACUCUACUCUAAAUCCUUUGAUUUAUGCUGUAUUUUACCCUUGGUUUAGGAGAGCAAUAAAACUUAUUUUAACUGGAGAAAUAUUAAAAGACAGUUCCUCAACCAUAAAUUUAUUUCCUAAAAAAGCCUGAAUUUGAA